CCUUAGGGGAGCAGAUGGGUGUUCAAGAAACUGAUGCUUUGUGCUUCAUUGAGUCCUUCAAAUCCAGAUAUCCAGGUAUUCAGAAAUUCCUGAAAGAGACAGUGAAGAAGUGUACCCAGGAUGGGUUUGUGCAGACAAUCAUGGGAAGGCAUAGAUACCUUCCAGCAAUUAAGGAAACAAAUCCUUACAAGAAGGCUCAGGCAGAGAGGCAAGCUGUAAACACCAUUAUCCAGGGCUCUGCUGCAGAUAUUGUCAAGGCGGCCACAGUGAAUAUACAGACACAGCUGGAAGCUUUACCUUCAAUAGUAAAAUCUUUUGGACAUUUGGAGAGCUCAUUCCCCAAAAUAUUGUCAGUCAUUCCUAAGACUGGAAAGUAAUUUACAAUUAUAAUAUAAUAGAGCCGCGGAGACGCAGUGGUUAG